CAAUCAACCUACCGGAACUGCGGACGAAUCUGAGACCAUCAGACCAAGCGGAUUCAAUCAACGCAGACACUACUACAACAAUCAAUCGACUCUUCUACCACAGAGUGAAACAGUAUCUACCGAUGGGACUGAGUCAUCCGACUCACAGUACGCGACGCCUGUUAGCAGCCCAGAACGCACUGCAUCUCCCGAAUUACGCCGCAGUGAACGCAUUCGCCGCCCACCAAAUAGAUACUCACCUUAGAGCCUCUCUAAGAAGGGAGGGUAUGUCAUGUAUGUGACAUCAACUGUCAGUUGGGCAGUUGACGUUUCUUUGGGCGCGAUUUGGAAGCGUCUCUUUGUUAUUAUGGUUUUGUGCGCGACGCGAAGCAGACAGUGAAAUAAAUAAAGCACAAGUUCUCGAAUUAAGUCAAAAACGUAACAAUAACGUACAUCCUAUGAUGUGGCCAAUGGGUAGAAUUGUAGCGUUACACCCGGGCAAGGAUGGUGUUGACGCUGCUAGCGAUAUGGAACAUGUAUCGGUAGAUUGUGAGCUAAUUGAAUCCUCGAACGAAAAGACAUAAACAGGUCAGAUCACAUGACAACGUGUAAACGGGGACUGAGAAAGCGGACAGAAAGUCAGUAGCGAGAGAGGCAUUGAAAGCAAAGGACGCUAAGGCCACUAUUUUUGAAUUUUUUCCUUUAUUGUGCUACGUAUUAGUUAAAUAAAUGGAUUUAGUAUUAAAAAACUUCAAAAACGGCUCGCGUUUGUUGCAUACGCAACAAAAUUCUCAAAAAUAGUGUCGAUAUUGUGAUGCAAUAUCCGCAGCAGAGACAUCAUUGUGGUGUGUGACAGAGACCGGGAACGCGUGGGAACACGCUAUAAGAACAAAAGCGUUUUUCGUGCUACAACAGAAAGAUACGGUGCGACGUAUGAAACAGUGUGUGUAUGUGCGAUAAAAGAACGCGUGUGAUCUUGUAUUAACCGGUAAAGACCUCAGGUGCUACUCGGUAAUAAAGUACGGCUGCGUGGAUUCCGUACAAAGACCAUACAAAACAAAAUGGAGGAUCAGGCGUCAACGAGCGGCCAUGAUGCCGGUAGUGUUGGUGUGAGUGAAGUGACGCCUGAGAAGAAAGGACCAUCGAAGAAACCCACAAAGGGCGGCCACGAGGCCGAUAGUGUUGGGCAAAAGAACCUUUCAAAGAAAAAGCUAUCGUUCCGGGUUACAACUCCAACUCGUCGUGUGACUCGCAGCGCAAAAAAGGCACAUGGAAAUGUGAAGAAACAAACUGUGCAAGUGGCGGUAUCUUCAUCGGAAAGUGAUAGUUCUAGUGAGGAAGAAGAAGAAGUAGAACCAACAAGUGUGGACGUGCAACCAACUAAGGAACAAAGGCGUGCUCGACACGGCAUUUCUCAGAAGCUUCCUGAGUUCAAUGGCAAACCACAGGAUUGGCCAAGAUUCUACGGCGCCUUUCUAGCCUCGAACAAAUCGUGUGGCUUCACGAAUAACGAGAAUCUUGUGCGGCUUCAAGAAUGCCUGAAAGGACCUGCCUUAGAACUGGUUCGCGGAAGGUUGAUAACGGCGGAAUCCGUUCCGCGAGUGAUCGAGAAGCUGGUGCAAGUGUACGGAAGACCUGAGCUUAUCUUGCAUAGCUUGUUAAAGAAAGUUCGUGAAGUAAAGGCUCCGAAGGCGUCGGAUCUAACCAGCUUCCUGCCGUUUAGCAACGCCGUCGAAGAGUUGUGUGAACAUCUCGAAGCAGCCCAGUUGAAAGACCAUCUACACAACCCGUUGCUUAUUCAGGAGCUGGUCGAUAAGCUCCCAGACGCAGACAAGCGGGCCUGGUCACGAUUUAAGAGAGGUCAUGGAUCCGUAUCGCUGCGAACGCUAACCGACUUCCUUGACGAGGUGGUGACCGAAGUUCUCGACACCACUUUGGAUCUCGGUAACUACAUGCCCCUAUCAUCGCAACCAAAGGACACUCGCAGAAGGGAAACGGUAGGCCAUCAUCAGACAACGCCAGCACAACAAGGGAGAAAGCCAUGCCUUGCAUGUGAAGCAACGGAUCAUCGUCUACGCAAUUGCACGGUGUUUAAGGAAUGGACAACAAGACAGCGGCAAGACUUUGUGGCGAAGUACAGUCUGUGUAGAUUGUGUCUCAACGGACAUCAAGGAAGGUGCUUCGCACCAAAGAGAUGCAACGUAGGUGAUUGCGACCAAAUGCACCACCCCCUUCUACACGAUCAGGAGCGUCUAUAACGCUGGUAGAGCGUCAAUUGGUGGAGCGUCUCGGAGCUGGCGGCGUUCCUGAGAAGCUCACCCUGCGAUGGACUGCUGGCAUUGAGAGAGUAGAGGACAAAUCGCAAAGGCUGAAUCUGACAAUAUCAUCUGUAGGCUCAGCAAAGCAAGAGACGCUAAAAGACGCACGAACGGUUGAAAGGCUAGAGCUACCACAUCAAAGUGUAGAUCGGGAAAAAUUGAAAGAACGGUACGCGCAUUUAAGAAAAAUUCCCAUCGAAUCAUACCAAGGCAGACCCGAGAUCAUGGUGGGACUCAACAACAUCCAUUUGUUCACGCCCUUAGAAGUAGUCUCCGGAGAGGAAAGCGAUCCUAUUGCUGUGAAAACGAAGUUGGGUUGGUCUGUUUACGGGUAUACAAAGUCUGGUGCGACCAAAAACAACAUCGGGUAUCAUAGC